AUGACUUCUAUUUUUGCCGUUUGCGCUACUAUGCGCGCGACCAUUGUCAUACACCAUGACCAGGACUAUGCGGGGAUCGUCGACACUGACACCAACAUUUUCGAGACCACCGAGUCUGCCAAGACAUUCGAGAGCGCUAUCACCCUGCUGCAUAGAAGACACAUUCUCUACAGCCCUUAUCGCGCCUAUUCCGAGGCCAAACCGGCUCUUCUCAAAAUUCAGGCUGCAGAGUUGAACGCCGAAAACAAGCUGCUGGACAGCCAGGCGUUUGAAGUUGUGGCCGUCCAUGCUACAACUAAGUCCACCCUCGCCCAUACGGAGGAUGCUUUGGUUAGACAGACCACCGCCCAUUCUGCAACCAUGUCCGUCCUCGCCGAGACCAACUGCGCGCUUUUUAAGCUGAGGUUUGAUCAUGCCAUCCAAUCUACCAGUCGUUUUGUGACCGAGUCUAAGCUCUCGAAAAUGGAGGACAAAAAUGCCACCCUUCACGCAACAAUUUGCAACCUUCAACACGGGCUUGCUGAAUCAAAGGCUGCUUGCGCUCAGGAAGCAGAGGCUCGCUUUGCAGCCGAGACCGCUCGUGCAAAGGCAGAAAGCAAAAAUGCAACUUUGCGCGCCAGGGCCGACGCCCACCAGACCAGCCCCGUCAGCACAGAGGCUUUUUUCAUUGAGGCACUUGAUCUUGCAGACGCUGUGGCUGGAAAAUCUCUUGUCUGCAAGAGCACUCACUUGGCGGCUGUCUCCGCUCUGGAAGUAGAGACCACCGCACGCGCUGCUGUUGAGAAUAAACUCACCAAGGCUCUUGAUUUUGUGGAAAUAUUCUGCGCGUGGUUCGAUUUUAUAUGCGCUGAGGUCGACACUCAACACGGCAAGGUAGACAUGGCCCAUGCCAAGAUAAACGAUCUGCAGACCCAGCUCGACAGAACGGUUAAUAAACAGCAGUAUACCCGCGACCAGCUCACCAUGUCCAUAGCCAUGCAUAGUCUUAUCCGUCGCAGACUUAGGGCAUCAUGUGCCAAAAAGUCCGCCACACACUGCGAGCUCGACCCUGCUUGUGUCCCGGCAGAUGAUACUGGCAGCCCUGCCACUUCUUGUGCUCAGAUCGAUGCACCCUGCACUAUGCCAGAUUUGCUGAAUAGCAAUGCAGAUGAUCAGUGCUGUGAAUUCAAGGCGACGGAUACUCAGGCCAACGGCAAGCGCAAGGAGACAGACGUCAGACUCAACAAAGCAAAGGACAGCGUCAAUAUAAGCAUGCACGGUAAUGAGCUCGCAAAGACGCAUGCCGACUUGGUCGCUCUGGAGGACAAAAUGGAUGAGCAGUCGAGCAAUAAUAACAGCGGUGAACACACGGACAGCGAGUUUGUUAGCAUAAUAGACAGCUGCAAGUCGCAGCUCAUAAUUGAGAGCUACAUUCUGGGCCAGCACAACAUGAACCACUUUGUGGCUAACAAUGAGUCCGAGAUAAACGAGACCAGUGUUGCCAAGGAUAGCUUGGCCAACGAGUCGAGCAAUGGCGACUGGUUCUAA